UGCCAACCACUCUGAACGAGGCACAAGUUUGCUUUUAUGGAGAAGGUUCAAUCUUGCUCUAGAAAGAGGAAAAGAGGAGAGAAGGUUUUCAGAUUCGAGAGCUUCUGUGCACCUAGGCAACCAAUACUUUUCAGUGGCUCGUUCCGAGACAACGUUAAGGCUCUUCUUGAUUUCGGCCAUCAAGAGGAUGGAGUGCACGAAGGAAUGCAGUUUUGGUCGUUUCGGCUCGAGCUUCAUCAGUACCCUUCGACUUUCGUUAGGAUGUUCAUUGCUGAGGAGGCUGUUGGGCUGUCGCAGAAUCGCCAGUGCCUUUUUUGCCGAUUCGCUGGUUGGGGGCACCACAUGAUCUCCAACAAGAGAUUCCACUUCGUGCUGCCAUUCAAAAAAACUAAAUCAGAUGUCGAAAGCUUGAGCAUAGAACUUGGUAGAAACAGACCAGGGAUAUCGUCAAUGGGCUCGAAAUUGAUGGGUUCACAAGGAAAGCAUCUAAUGCAUGGAAUCAUGCACUCUAAUGGCUACGGACAUCUCAUUACUGUCAAUGGCAUUGAAGGAGGCUCUGAUUUCAUCUCUGGACAUCAAAUCAUGGACUUGUGGGAUAGGAUUUGCACUGCUUUGCACGUGAGAAAAGUGAGUAUAACAGAUUCAGCAAAGAAGGGAAGCAUGGAACUAAGGCUAAUUCAUGGACUAGUGUAUGGUCAGCCCUGGUUCAGUCGCUGGGACUACAAACUAAGCCAUGGAAGCUAUGGCGUCACUCCCCAAAUGUACCAAACCUCGCUCGAAGCCCUACGAACUCUCCCCUUAUCAAUCCUCCUCCCCAAUUUCGCCUCUAUCAUUGCCAAGUACCAAACCCUAAGUGGGCUCAAGUUACAAACCAUAGCCGACUUAACCUGCUUCAUUACAGAGCUGAAUCGUCGAUUGCCCCCAAACACCCCUUCGACAUUCGACUGUCGAGAAAUCAUCAGCGAGCCAACUUGUCGUUGGUCGAUGAAACGAGUUGAGAUGGCUGCUCAAGUCAUAGUCGGGGCUCUAAAGAAGUCCAAAUGUCGUUGGGUCACAAGACAAGAGGUCAGAGAUGCCGCCAGAGCCUACAUUGGUGACACAGGCCUACUAGACUACGUGCUCAAGUCUCUCGGCAACCACAUUGUUGGAAACUAUGUUGUUCGACGGAUGGUCAACCCGAUAACCAAAAUACUUGAAUACUGCUUGCAGGAUGUAUCUACUGUUUUCCCUAGCUUGGAUCAUUUCGGUUCACUUCGUUUUCAUGUCACAAGGUCUCAGCUCAAGAAAGACAUGAUGUACCUCUACAAUAACAUAUUUGGAGCACAUAGCACAUUGGCUGCCGAUGGGGUUUUCAGGGCAAUACUUAUCGCUGCUAGGGUGAUUCUCGACGCCAAACACCUUGUUAAGGAUUACAAGGUGACAGGUGGCUCGUUACAAGACACCCAAAUGAAGAACAAUGAUCAAUGUUUAAAGGUAAUGUGCACGAUACGAAUCAUGAACAAUCAAGAGAAGAAGGAACUGCCACCAUAUGAGAUGUUCACCUUUCAGCUCAAUGCAACAAUUGGGGACCUGAAGAGAGAGACUGAAAAAAAGUUCAGGGUAAUCUAUUUGGGCCUGAAGAGCUUCACUGCAGAAUCAGUGGCUGGUCUUAAUGCUGAAGAUACUGAUUUCAUUGUAGGAGUACUUGUUGAGCUUGGCAACAAAGUGAUUGUUGAAGGAAGAGUAGUUAAUAAUGCAGAUGAGAUUUAUGAGGGUGGAAAAGAUGUGGAUUGCCAUUGCGGAGGGAAGGAGGAGGAUGGAGAGGUGAUGGUGUGCUGCGAUAUCUGUGGGAUUUGGCAGCAUGCAAGGUGUGCAGGGAUUGAGGACGAAGAAGAGGAUGUUCCUAGGGUUUUUCUCUGUAACUUAUGCGAGAACAAUAUUUCCGCAUUGCCUCCAAUUCAAUACUAGAUUUAUAUGACUUGAUAACUACUGUUUAUUCAACUUGGUGAUCUAUCAAGUUUGAUCAUCAAAGUUGUAGCUAUGAUUUUACUUGUAAUAAAUUCAUCCUAAAUGGAGGAAGGGAUUAUGUCACUUGUAAGAUGUUGGUGUACUAGAUUCCCUGGAACUACAAAAAGAUAUGCUUAUCGAAUAAUUUCUAAGUUUUAAUAA